CAUUACACAAAUUACAAAAACCUUUCUCUUACCUCAUUCUGUCUCAAACCUUACAAAUUCAACUCUGCCACUUCCCACAGCUGCUGCUGCUGGUGGUCACGACCCUUUUUUGGAUUGAUUUGUUGAGGCAGUUCCUACGUACCUAAUGGAGUCCUGUGAUUGCAUUGAAACACAAUGGUCACAAGAUGAAUUUCUGGGGAAAUAUCAAUACAUCUCGGAUGUCUUAAUUGCUGCAGCAUACUUCUCCAUUCCACUUGAACUAAUUUAUUUUGUUCAGAAACCUGCUUUCUUCCCCUUUCGAUGGGUUCUGAUACAAUUUGGUGCUUUUAUUGUUCUUUGUGGGGCAACUCACUUCAUUAACCUGUGGACUCUUUACAUGCACACCAGAGCAAUUGCCAUAGUGAUGACUGUUGCUAAGGUUUCUUGUGCUGUUGUAUCGUGUGCUACAGCUUUGAUGCUUGUACACAUUAUUCCUGAUCUGUUGGGUGUUAAAACUCGGGAAUUAUUUCUCAAGAACAAGGCUGAAGAGCUUGACAGGGAAAUGGGACUCAUUCUUACACAGGAAGAAACCGGUAGGCAUGUUAGGGUGUUGACCCAUGAAAUCAGAAGCACACUGAACCGCCAUACUAUCUUGAAAACCACUUUUGUUGAAUUGGGUAGGACCUUGGGCCUGGAGGAAUGUGCACUGUGGAUGCCAUCACGUACUGGCAUGAAUUUGCAACUUUCUCAUACUCUGAACUACAAAAUGCAAGUUGGAACUACUGUGCCAAUAAAUCUUCCUAUAGUCAAUGAAAUCUUUGCUAGUGCUCAAGCAGCGUGUAUACCUUAUACAUGCCCUCUGGCUAGGAUUAGGCCUCUAGUGGGAACAUAUGUGGCACCUGAGGUUGUUGCUGUCCGGGUGCCUCUUUUACAUGUUUCCAGUUUCCAUAUUACUAACUGGCCUGAUCUUUCUGCAAAAAGCUAUGCAAUCAUGAUUCUGAUUCUCCCUACAGACAGUGCCAGAAAAUGGCGAGACCAUGAGUUGGAACUUGUUGAUGUUGUUUCAGACCAGGUGGCUGUUGCACUUUCACAUGCUGCUAUUCUAGAAGAAUCUAUGCAAGCCCAUAAUCAGCUCAAGGAGCAAAACAUUGCACUGAACUUGGCUCAACGAGAGGCAGAGAUGGCAAUUCACUCACGCAAUGAUUUUCUUGCUGUGAUGAACCAUGAAAUGAGAAUCCCAAUGCAUACGCUUAUAGCACUUUGUUCACUUCUUCUGGAGACUGAACUUACUCCAGAACAGAGGGUUAUGAUUGAGACGGUACUAAAGAGUAGCAACCAUUUCUCAACCCUUAUUAAUGAUGUUCUUGAUCUUUCUAGACUUGAAGAUGGCAACCUAGAAUUAGACAGUGGGAUAUUCAAUAUUCAUGGGGUUUUCAAAGAGGUCAUUAUUCUCAUAAAGCCCAUUUCUUCAGUAAAGAAGCUAUUUAUAAAUUUGCUCCUGGCACCAGAUUUGCCUGUGCAUGCUGUUGGUGAUGAGAAACGGCUUGUGCAAAUACUUCUAAAUAUUGCGGGUAAUGCUGUGAAGUUCACUAAGGAGGGUAAUGUUUCAAUCAUUGCUUCUGUUGCAGAACCAGAAUCUUUAAGGGAUUGGCGACCUCCUGAAUUUUACCCAGUUUCAAAUGAAGGCCACUUCUAUUUAAGAGUGCAGGUUAAGGAUUCUGGUUGUGGCAUUCUCCCACAAGAUGUUCCAGGUCUCUUUACCAGAUUCACACAGCCUCAAUCUGGGUCUAGUAGAAAUAACGAAGGUGCUGGACUUGGACUUGCCAUUUGUAAAAGGUUUGUGAAUCUGAUGGGUGGUCAUAUUUGGAUUGAGAGUGAGGGCCUUGACAAAGGUAGCACAGUUACCUUCCUCGUCAAACUAGGGAUUUGCAAUAAUCCAAACGACCCAUCUUGCCCUCAAGUUGCAACACAAGCUGGAGCAUAUCAGAGUGGUGCAGACCUAACCGGACAGGCUCGGUACGAAAGAAGUCCUUAGAUUGUUGCAGAAGCAGAUGUUGCAACAAGUUCUUGAUAUAGGUCAUUUUGUGCAGUCAACUCCAGUUCAGUUGGCAUGAUACACGAAAAUAUGAUAUCUUAGCUAUCCCCCUUUUUGGUCAAGAUAGAUUGCAAUAUUUACUUGACCACACCAUGCGAGAACAACCCUAGUUAUCAGUUUCAACCAGAGGUUAUCAGUUUCAGCCAUAGGUAAUUGGACAGCGAUGAAGGGUGCUGAGAACUGGUGCUCUGGCAUAGCUUCUCUCUUUUCAUUCUCUCCCCCCACACACUACUCACCACACCAACACCAAC